AUGGGAGGCAACUUGGAGGACAAAUGGGACAUCAUCACCACGACGUUGCAGGACGUGUUUACCGCCAACAGGAUCAACUCGUUGGAUCCCUUGACGAUCGAGGCCAGCGAGGCCAGGUUGAGCAGUUCGCCAGCAGACAGGUUGAAGGACUUGAUUGCCACGUUGAACCAACACAGGGAGAACGUUGAUCAGUGCGAUCGAUUGUUGGGCACUGUCUUGGAAAACGUCGAUCUAUUGAUAAACGCCAAAAGAGCUUCUGCUUCUCCAAAACUACCUGGCAACAGAAGCAGCACCGGUCCAAGUUACAAAAGAGCCAAAAGCAAUGUGAAAAAGGGGAAAAGUUACUUCACUUCCCAAUAUAAUACAUCAACCCCCAUUGUGAUUGGUUCUGAGGUGGCGUACAAGUUGAGAACACCCACUUCAAGUGACUGGAUCCAGUGUGAAGUUACCAAAGUGAUUGAUUUGACUCAUUUUAAAAUCAGAGAUCCUGAACCUGACGACAACAAUUUCUGUCAGGUCUAUGAUGUGGACUGGAAAGAAAUCAUCCUAAUACCUUCAGCCCAAGAUGUUUCUAGUCUCAAAAAUUAUCCUAACAGAAGCAGGGUGUUGGCUCGAUAUCCCGAAACAACCACAUUCUACCCAGCUGAAGUUAUAUCUUCCAAAAGAGACGGUCGCUGUCGUCUUAAAUUUGAAGGAGAGGAAGAAGAAGGCAAAGAAACUGAGGUUCAGCGAAGAUUUGUGCUUCCCUUUCCCAAAUAA